AUUGCGCAGACGGCUGGAGAGGGAGGAGGGCGGUGUCGGCGGCCGGAAGCAUCUGUUCCCGGUUCGGUGUGAGGCGGCUGAGGGGUUUCCAUGACUUUCAAACGGGGCCGCGGGGACCGGUUUUACAGCACUCGGUGCUGCGGCUGCUGCCAUGUCCGCACCGGGACCAUCAUCCUGGGCACUUGGUACAUGGUGGUGAACCUGCUAGUCGGCAUUUUGCUGACCGUGGAAGUGACUCACCCGAACACAGUGCCAACUGUCAAUAUACAAUAUGAGGUCAUUGGUAACUACUAUUCAUCUGAGAGGAUGGCCGAAAAUGCCUGUGUUCUCUUUGCUGUCUCCCUCCUCAUGUUCACAAUCAGUGCGAUGAUGGUGUAUGGAGCAAUUGCUCAUCGAGUGGGCUGGCUAAUUCCCUUUUUCUGUUACCGGCUUUUUGACUUCGUCCUCAGCUGCCUGGUGGCUAUCAGUUCUCUUACUUACUUGCCAAGAAUCAAGGACUAUCUGGAUCAGUUACCUGACUUCCCCUACAAAGAUGACCUCCUGGCUCUUGACUCCAGCUGUCUCUUGUUCAUUGUGCUGGUGUUCUUUGCAUUAUUUAUAAUUUUUAAGGCUUACCUAAUAAACUGCGUAUGGAACUGCUAUAAGUACAUCAGCAAUAGAAACCUGCCUGAGAUCGCAGUGUACCCUGCCUUUGAAGCUCCUCCUCAGUAUAUCCUGCCGACUUACGAGAUGGCAGUGAAGAUGCCUGAAAAGGAUCCUCCCCCACCUUACAUCCCUGCUUGAAGCCCCAGUUCUUUACCAGUAAACAGUAUACCAGCCUCUUGGUUUUGUUUCUCUUACAGGAUUGCUGCAAUAGAGAUCUUCAGGGCUGUAAGAGCCAACCAUACCAUUGAAACUUGUUUGAUAUAAACAUAUGCAAACACCCGUGUAGUAACUUUCCCCCGUUUCUUUAACCUUUACUAUUUGGAAGGCAUCGAGGAGCAGUUUAUUGCCUUAAUUGUAGUCACGUUUUCGUAAAGAACACAGUUCAUUUCAGUCACUUAGAGACAAUCUUUGUUGCCUUUACACUGUUUAUAGGGGGUUUUCGAUGUGGUAUUCUCCAUAGAUUUUCUUAACUGCACUUUUCUUAUACAUUAUUCUGCAUUUUUUUUUUUUGCAUUUUGAUGCCUUGAUGAAGUUUAAUUUUCAGGGAAAGUGAAACAUACCACAUUUCCAACAUGCUGUGAAGGCAUGAAAGUGCACACAGUUUAUGACUGAAGUGUGGAAGACGAUGGCUGCAUGUUUCUAAUUUGUAUGUAUUUCUGUCUUUAUUUGUAACGAGAUGCUUUAAUAAAUCUUUUAAAAAAAA